AUGACGUCCCCUGUACACGUCGACACAAGCGAGAAGGCUGACCCAAACCUCCUUGCUCCUGACGCGGCCACCCUCAGUCACUACUCAGACUCCAGGGAAAAUGCCAGCCGACUCAUGGACGACCUCGAACUGCUGCGAAUCGAGCGUCAGGUCAGCAACGCGGAGAGGGAAAAGGACAAUAUCUCCAGGCGCCGCUCAAAUUCACGACAUCACCACCAUGACAGGCACAAUCCUGAAGCCCCGCCUGAGGACGCAUUUCACACCUUGACCGAGCCUACCCAACUGCCCCAGAUUACAACAGAGCCGGAACCAACGGCCUUGGGCAAGCUCUUCAAGAAACUGAGGAGAUUCCCCAGAGUAAUCCGCUACUUCGUCUAUGCGAUCCCAAUAGGAGCCGUUCUCCUGACUCCCAUUCUAUUGGACAUUUAUGCAUUUCCGGGGAGUGACAACCCGGUGGGUGGCCCGGGUGGCCUGACGCUCCUCUGGUUCGGAAUCUGGCUUGAGGUUGUGUGGUGCAGCCUCUGGGCGAGCCGCAUCCUGGUUUCGAUGCUGCCAUUCUUGCACGGCCUUGCCGCAAAAAUGGUCGGUUCCAGCAACCACAAGAAAUGGAAGGACAUUGGCAGGCAAAUGGAGAUGCCUACUGCCGGGUUUAUCUGGUUGUUGGGCCUGCUUGCCUCGUUCAAGCCCAUCACCGACAGCCAUAGAGAUUCAGGAGGAAAAUGGUCAGACGACGGGGACCCGCCUUACAUCACCUGGAUCGACGUUGUCUACAAAGUCAUUAUUGCUCUUUUCGUUCUUGCUGCCAGUAACUGGGUCGAGAAGAUUUUGAUUCAGUGGAUUGCGACUUCCUUCCACACCAGGACGUAUGCGUCUCGAAUCGAGCAAAACAGACUGGAAAUCAAUUUUCUGGUUCGACUGUACGAGUUUAGCAAGGAAAAGCUGGCCCACGAUGACCCCGUGUGGGCGGAUUCCAACGGCGGCCCAUCUGGGGCUAAGACACCUAUGAAAAUGGUCCAGGAGAAUGCCCGGCAAGCCUGGACUCAGAUAGGCAAGGUUGCCGGGAAAAUGGCUGGAGACUUUACUGGCCGUAAGGUCAUGGCUGCCGGUCACCCUAGAAAGGUCGUCCUGGAGUUGCUCCGCAGCCAGCACAGCAGCCACACACUGGCACGGCUUAUUUAUCGAACCUUUGUCCGCCCGAACGAGGAGACAAUCACGCUCGAUGAUCUCAAGCAGGCAUUCCCUUCAGCUGAGGAUGCGGAGACUUGCUUUGGAAUAUUUGACAAAGAUCUCAACGGUGACAUCUCCAUGGAAGAGCUCGAGCUCGUCUGUAAUGAGAUUCACCUCGAGAAGAAGGCCAUCGCCGCCUCAUUGAAAGAUCUCGAUUCGGUCAUCAAGAAGUUGGACACAGUCUUCCUUUUCAUCAUCUUUAUCAUUGCUGCAAUCGUCUUCAUUUCCAUCCUCUCAGGCUCGGCAGCGGCUGCUCUUGGUACCAGCGGUACUACCAUCCUUGGUCUGAGUUGGAUGCUCCAGGCAACUGCUCAGGAAUUUUUGCAGUCCAUCAUUUUCGUUUUUGUUAAACAUCCCUUCGACGUGGGAGAUCGAGUCACCGUAUACGGCAACACUGGAUCGCUCGGGACUGGCGACGAUUACUAUGUGCAAGAAAUCAGUCUACUCUACACUGAGUUCAAGAAGAUGGAAGGCCACAUUGUCCAAGCGCCCAAUUCUCUUCUCAACACGCUCUUCAUACUCAACCAGCGACGGUCUAGCGGACUGGCCGACCCCAUCGAGCUCAAAUUGAAGUUUGGCACGUCUUCUGAACUUAUCGAGGAACUCAAGGCCCGCAUGCUCGACUUUGUGCUGGAGAACAAGCGCGACUACAACUCAAAGAUCAUAAGCGAGGUCCGCACCAUUGAUGAAGUCUACUCUGUGACACUGAAUGUCAUUUUCUUCCACAAGUCCAACUAUCAAAAUGAGCUGCUGCGACUUCAGCGCCACAACAAGUUUGCCGCGGAAUUGAUGCGCGUCAUGACUGAGUUGGGAAUAGAAGGACCAAGAAAAUUGGAGCCUGGCGGAGCUCAAAACUUCCCAUUUUACCUCGCGUACCCGCCUGCCUACAACGAAACCCCGCCGAAGGAGAACGUCGUCAGGGACCAGCGCAGUGGCAGUCUUCGAACCGGGCCCGGCAGCGUCCACCGCGACGACGCAUCCUUACGCCCAACAAGCCCGCCCAGCCCUGACGUGCGACGACGCAGGGCCGAGUCGCAGGCCCGAGCACAAAUGGACCGCUUCCCUGAUUUUGGCGACGUGUUUGAAGGUCGCAAGGACCCUGCUGCUGCCAACCUGGCCCGCCUGCAGAGCCUGAGGGAGGAGGCCGCAAGCGCUAGCCAGUCAUCGGGUGUCGACCGGUUUGGACGAGGCCCAAGUCUGGACAGGGUCGGCACGAUGAACAGCGACAUGACAUCCAGGCACGGCCGGGGCAUAUUCAGACGACCGCGGAGCGCCUCAAAGACAGUUUCAAGCGAUAGAGGCGGGAACAUUGUGUAG